AUGGACUCCACCCCGAUCCCCAUCUCCAACCCAAACCCUAACCCUAACUCCAACUCCAACCCCAACCCACCCCUCUCCAUUAAAGCCUCAGCUCGCAAGCUCCCCAUCAAACGCAAGGCUCCUUUGCCCCACCCUAACCCUAAUCUUACCCCCAAGCGCGAACACGUCACCACCACCGCUAGAGGCGAUGGCGACGGGGCCGCCGCCGCCGCCCACUCCAAAGCCCCGCCGUUCAAAUUCCACCGCAUAUGGACCGAGACCGAUGAAGUCCGCUUCCUUCUGGGCCUCCUCGAGUCCUCCAACGAAGGCCUUUCCUUUCCUCGAGACCUCCACGUGUUCUACACCCGAUUCUCCGGCACCAUGACGCAGCCGUACUCCAAGUCCCAGCUGUCUGAGAAGCUCCGCCGGCUGCGAAAGAAGUUCCGGUUGAUCUCGUCGCGGCUGGCGCGCGGGUUGGAUGUGGCGCACCUGUCGUCGCACGACCGGGCGUUGUAUGAGCUGUCGAAGAAGCUGUGGCACCCCGAGUACUUUUCUGUAUCUCCCUUUGGGGAUUCGAAUUGCGGAGGUGGCAACAAGAAGAGUAAGCCUGUGAAUAAUUUGGUUGGGGUUAAGGUUAGUUUCUCGCCCACAAUUCCGCUGGCUUCUGAUACAACUCAAAAUCAUGCUCAGAGCUUGAAUGAAAACAACAGCUCAAUAUAUUCUGAUAAUGAUAAUUAUGAUGAUGGCUGCCGCAGCAGAGGAGGCAGCGGUGGUGGCGGAGGGGGUUGUAGUGAUGGUAGUGGUGGGGGUAAUGGUAAUGUUAAUGUGAGUGACGUGAAUUUUGAUAACGAUGGCUGUGUUGAUGUUAAUGUGAGUGAGUUGAAUUUGGAUGCUGAUCAUGGUGUACGAGAGGAAUUAUGCUUUCCAGGUCGUUCAGAUGGUGGGCUUGGGCGGGUUGCAGCAAAAGCUGUUAUUGAUGUGUUAGAUCAGUCUCUUAAGGAGGCUAGAAUGGUUCUUGUUCGUCAGGGUCUUCUUUAUCCAGACCAUGAGACCACUUCUGAUAUUUCUUCUAAACGAGAGAAGGCAUUUGAUUUUGAAAGGCGGUGGCGGGAGCAGCAGGUUGCAGAAUUGGAUGUCUUGGCUGGACGCCUGAGGUUGGUUCUUGAGAAUGCCCUGCAAGGGCAGUGA